GUUGUGAAUACACGGCUGACCCCAAAACAAAGUCUCGCGUGAAAAAGCAAUACGAGAUUACAGUGUAGGGAGGGCUGCAUGGAGAGCUGGAAAGACAAAACAAAAGCCACACAUUUCAACCAACAGGCGCUGGUCGCUUUUUAUUUUUUUGUAAACCAAAACUGAUUUGAAAUAUUAUUCGUAUCGAUUACCGUUUAACGGCAUUAUUAUAAAAGUUUUGCAUCAUGCCUAGUAGCACGUCUUUGCUGGAGGCCGACGAGGGAGAGUCCGAGGUCCCACCGCCGCUAGUACACGCUUUCGCCGGUAUGGGCCUUGAGGAGCCCCACGGCACCCAGAGCCGGACCCCCGAACAAGCAGACGAGAGCCUCUCCUUUCACCACCACCAUCACCAGCUCCCCCCGGUUUCUCAUUUCAACCUCCUCGGUACGGUCCUAGACUUGAAGCCCCUACCCCUGCACCGGCCGCCCUCGGGAGAUGAAGUGAACAUAACAGCAGCGCCCGAAGACGAAGAGCCAGAAGUUGUAGCCGCCGCCGACUUCUCUGGCUGCAUCGCUAGCUCGAUGCUAGCGCAGGCCCACCGCCACCAACACCUCCCAUCGGGGCCGGGUGGCUCCGUGAUGCCGUCCGGGAUGGAGCCGCCGCACGCCGAGACGGUCUUGUUGUACAACGGAGACGAGCGUGAUGAUAGUGGGGUCGGCGGCAGCGCCCUACCACCGGCUAGCAGCAUGGCGAUGCUAACGUUACCGCCCGGCGUGUUCGGGGAGUCGGGCUACGAGGCCGAAUCUUCGCUGUUGAGUCGGCGAAAGAGCGUCAACACAACGGAGUGUGUGGCCGUGCCGAGCUCCGAGCACGUCGCGGAGAUUGUGGGCAGGCAGGGCUGUAAGAUUAAAGCACUUCGAGGCAAAACUAACACCUACAUUAAGACACCAGUGAGGGGAGAGCAGCCUGUCUUUGUUGUAACAGGGCGCAAAGAAGAUGUGGCCAUGGCUAAGAGGGAGAUACUGUCUGCAGCCGAGCACUUCUCCCUCAUAAGAGCCUCUCGAAACAAGACAGGCCCCCUGUCUGCUGUAACCGGACCAGGGACCCCCUCUCUACCUGGACAGACGACCAUUCAGGUGCGGGUACCAUAUCGUGUUGUAGGGCUGGUUGUGGGUCCCAAAGGGGCAACCAUCAAACGUAUUCAACAACAGACCCACACCUACAUUGUGACUCCGAGUCGUGACAAAGAGCCAGUGUUCGAGGUCACUGGGAUGCCAGAGAACGUGGACCGGGCGAGGGAUGAGAUAGAAGCGCACAUCGCCCUCCGCACAGGAACCUGCGGAGGCAUUGAGGCUCCUGGUGCAGACAACAAUGACUUUCAAUUCAAUGGGACAGACGUCAGCUUUGAGAGUUCUGCAACACCAGUUGGGUUGGGGGAGGCUGGGUGGCUUCAUGCUGGUGCAUCAUCACCGAGUGGUGGCGGCGGCUUGCUGCCAAUGAGCAUCAACGGUACUCAGCGAAUCAAUAGCAAUAUUAACAGUGGUGUCAGGAUGUCUUCCACCUACCGCAACGACAGCUCCAGUUCCCUGGGCAGCGGCUCCAGCUCAGCUGAUUCUUUCCACGGCAGCGGUAAUGGUAACCGGAUGGCAGAUUUCAGCCCAACCUGUGCGUUUAAUGCCAAUGCUAACAACAACAACAGUAAUGGCGGCAGUGCAAGUUUCUGGUUUGGUGAGAGCAUUCUUCCUGUGGGGUCUGAAGAGCUGGUCAGCCUGGGAGGUGGUGGCACCUCCUCAGGCUUUGACCCAUUAACCAUCUCCACUGCCCAAGCCUCGCACCCUGCUACACAACCACAAAUCUGGAGCCCCUUUGUGGACCACCAUACCCCCCAGGCCUUCGACGCUCGUCAGUCUCAGACCAGUCAGCCUGGGACACCCCGGCUCUCUCCAACCUUCUGUGGGACAGAAGCCUUGGAGCACCCUCAGGCCCAGCGUGUUCACAGAGGGCCUUUUGGCUCGGCUGGGACCCUCGAUGCCCACAGGUUCCCCUCUUACAGCUCGGCCUUCUCCUCUUCCAGUGAAAGCACCGCCUCCUCUUCCUCCCCUCCUGAAUCCUCACUCUCCUAUCGGCCGGGGCUUGGAUCAGCAGGGAGGGGACAGGAGAUAUGUAUCCACUGUAUGGAUAACCAGGUGAUCGCUGCCUUGGUUCCCUGCGGCCAUAACCUCUUCUGUCUAGAUUGUGCCACCCACAUAUGCCAGGGUCCAGAUGCUGUUUGCCCUGUGUGCCUGUCUCCGGUCACACAGGCCAUUCAGCUCCGCAACAUGUGAUUUUUAAUCCAUUUACCUUGACGGCUGAUGAGGGACUGGCCUCCCCAACUCCUAACGUGUGGGGAAAUUACAAAACGGACCCCAAAUCAUUGUCUAGGUGUGUCCUCACCCCGGGUUUUGUCCAAGCUGGUGUUUGGUUGACAAAGGUGAGGAAGAAUAAGUGAAUAAGGAAUGAUCUGUAUUUAGGGCAUGGGUUAGGGUGUUCAGCCCGUUCAUGUGCCUGCUAUUGUGAAGUCUUCUUCCUUGAUUGACUGAUAGAUCAGUGGGAGGGUUGGAAACCCUCUGUGUAGCAUUGGGUGGGGUGGGAUAUAUAUAUAUAUUUUUUUUGGUUAUCAUGAUUUUUGAUUUAUAUUUUCUUCUCCCUGAUCUAGUUAUCAGUUUCUUAAAUGUUUUAAUGUACUUUAAAUUCUGUUAGUUACACAAUGUUGGCUUUUUGGUCAAAGUUUUUUUGUCUACAUCUCAAAAGUUUUAUCCAUUUUAAAAAAUUGUUUUGCUGCUACAGUGGUUUUUUAUGUGCUGAAAUAUGGCCCAGCCCCUUUCAUCUCAAUUAUUGUGCUCGCGGCAGGAAACUUUUGAGGGAAAAAAAGAGGUGAGCGUGUUUACAUAUAGUGAGUCCCACAUAUGAAUACGUAUACAUUAAUAGUAUUCUCCUGGUUACCACAUAAUUUGAAUGCCUACUGUAGUAAACUGGAUAUAAUGUACACAUGCCACAUUAUCCUGGUAAAUGUCACUCUAUCGCAGAAAAUUAGCAUAGAUUUUAUCCUGGUAAGCAAAGUGUAUCCAUACUACUUUAAACAGAAUUUGAUGUUUAUAUGCUCCAGAUUAUACAUCUGAAUUUUUGAACGUCGCUCAACAGCAUAUUGAUAAACAUGCAAACACACCCACAAAGGGUUUUUAAACCAAGUGGGUCAAAACCCGCAAUUGCAAAGAUGUCACACUCCAAUGGCAACCUCUUGUUGCCUCGGGUUUCCUCCUUUCCCAGAUUAUAACUAACAUGUGGUUAACUCCUUUUUGAGUACCAAGAUGUUAAAACACUUCAGUAUCGCCACAUUGCUUUCCAUUUUUACUUUUUUUAAAAAACUGUUUACGGUAAACUUGUGCCUAAUUCCGUUCUAAGUAAACAAAGAGAAACAACUGGUUCAGCGGACACAGUGUUGGUCUGUCUUAAACUUGUGGCCUUUUUGGAGAGCCUUUAAUUAACUGACAACACUAUCUACAAAUCCAGAUUUUGGCUCGAAAGAACACAAGCUGACAGACUGAGGUCUUAAUGUAUUUGUCGAAGUUCAAUCUCUUAAAUGAAUCUCAGUGGUUAUAUCACAGAGAUUUUUUCUUUUGCUUCCUAUUUUGUUGAGCCGUUCUCAAGUAUUUACCACCUAUUGCUUAUCUUAUUAGCACCAAACACUCCCAUUUAGUAUAUUUCUGUUUUUGUUUUUGUUUUUUUUUUUGUGCCUUUUUUGUUUAUAUCGUGAUUACAUCGUUGUUUGGGAAACCAUGGGCUGGUUUUCAGCUAGAAAGAUAUGCACAGCUUGUACCUUUGGUAACAUUCCUCCUCCCCUGAAUUGCAGUUACUAUAGUAGAUGGUAUAAGUAUGGCUAACUAAUAGUUAAACCUCACCUGGGAGCCAAAAGCGCUAAUAUUCUAUGAAAGUCUACUAUGAAGACAGCUGUAAUCUGGAACAAAUCCCCGUAUUGUACAGAUGGUUUGCUGACUUUUCAGCCAUCUCAAUAAUAUCCUUUUCUUUCACUUGAAUGUUCUUUCACUUGAACUACUCCACCUUGUGGCCGUCUCAUCACAGCCAUUUUGUGUCCUUGUUGGUAAGCAGUCUGCAAAAUAAUUCCAUUGGGAUGCAAAAUGGAGACAAAGGCUUUACUUUGUUUUUAUUUAAUCCCAUGUCUUGUCUACCAGGCCUAUGCAAAAAUCGUCUCAGUAUGUUAACUACUCGAGGAAGCACUAGAUAAAUUAAUCUCCUCGGGUUUUAAUUACAGAGCUCAAACAAUCUUGGGCUUAAACUUGUAGACAGACAUAUACCUUCUGUGUUUUCUACUACAUUUCAGUCGGGCUUCACCUUAAUUACCUGCUUUAAUACAAUGAGAUGUUUCAAUGGUACACACUUUGCUUCUCAUGUUUCAUCAGCUCAUUUGCUGUUGUCCUGUGCCCUCACUAAGCACAGACCUUUCUUACCACAGUAUUGACUAGAUGGGACUCAAACACAUUCAGAUUUUUGCCCCUCCCCCCUUCAAUGUGUGCAUCUGUCCGUUCCUCCGCCUGAAAAGUGAAAAAAAGGUACAAAUUGGUGGAAAUCAUCUCAAAUCUUAGCUUUAAACACCAGUGUCUCUAGACUUUGUUUUACAGGAUUGAAUGAGUUGGCGGAUAUUUCGAAGGGGAAGCAGCUGGAAUGAUUUCAUUCAACUUUGCUGACACUACAUAAGGUCAAUACUGUUGUUUUACCGUGUGGACAUUGGACUGCAGUCCCUCUAGCAUUCCAGCUGUAAACAGUAUUUGGGAGUUAUUCCAUCACUUAGCUCUGUUUCCUAAAUAUCGUCUCUUUCAUAGAUUGAGCUUUCUUGAGGAAAUGGAACCAAACAAGUCCCACAAGUGCAAAAAACCCAUCUGCUUCUGCCCCCUCUGGUCUUCUCUCCGUCCUUUUUAUUUGACUUCUCUCUGCUCUAUGAAGGGUCGAUCUCUCUUUGCUCUGUUUCUCUCUCUGAGGGAAUGCAAUACACUUUCGACCCUCAGUUUGACAUUUUUUGUGUAUGUAUUAUAUAAUAUUACUGUUAAUGACUGAUACAUAUACAGAACUUUUUAUUUUGUUACAUUUCAUAUAUAUAUAUACAUACAUACAUACAUACAUACAUACAUACAUACAUACAUACAUACAUACAUACAUAAAUAUAUCUAUAUAAAAAUGUUUACAAUAAGAUUUAAAUUUUUUUUACUGAGUGAUUAAGUGAAUGAAGAGUUGGAAACCAAGAAAUAUUGCAGGAGGGUGUCAAUGCUAUCUGCUUGUAGUUUAGUUAUUAGUUUACAGUAUUGAUGAUAAUAGUAUUGAUUGCUGCCGUUUUUAAAAUAGUGGAAAAUGGAAUGUGCAUCACGAGCAUGUCUUCAUAAUGUACCGCCAAUGUAAAAGUCACACUGCAACUGUAAAAAGGCCAAGGAUUCAAGCUGCCUGUUAAUGUCUGUACGCCACCAAAUUGAGAACGGUAUACUGUAAAAUGUAUCUUAGAUGAUCUAUAUAUAAAUACGUAUAUUGUUAAGCUGUACCAACAGUUCAAAGUAUUUGCUAAUUUUACUACACUUUUGUUAUGUAUAUGUAGGGGGAGUCUUAAGGCAUAUAAAUUCUUCAAAUUGAGUCAGGAGUUUAAAAGCAGACUAUAUUUUAUAAUGGCCUUUUAAGUUAUUGCGGCCAAAGCACUGAUAUUAUAUAUUUGCUGUAAAGAGAAUUUAAGAGUUUUAUUUUUCUGAUAUUAAAGUUACUUAAUAAAGACGGUUUCAUUUAAAGCCA